CUACGUGCUUUCCUCAUCAGGUAAAGUGCGCUGUACGUUUCCCCACACGUCUGGAUAUGUGGCGCUUGUGUUUGAGCAAUUAUAAAAAAAAAUCCAGUCACUUCACUGUUGUUAUCCACAUCUGCAUCUUCAUCUUCAUCCUCAUCAUCAGGGCCAGAGGAGAGGAGAGGAAGAUGGGCUGCUGCUCGGCACGAUGCAUGCUGAUCCUCCUGUGUUGUCUGCAGUUGACAACUGCGCUGGAGAGGCAGGUGUUUGACUUCCUCGGCUACCAGUGGGCUCCCAUCAUGAUCAACUUCUUCCACAUCAUCAUGGUCAUCCUGGGCCUGUUUGGUGUCAUCCAGUACAGAUCACGCUAUGUUGUUAUGUACCUGCUGUGGACGUUGUUGUGGGUCGGCUGGAAUGUCUUUGUCAGCUGUCUCUACUUGGAUUUGGGAGGUCUUUCAAAGGACAGUGACAUCCUCUCCCUGGGAGUAUCGUCGCAUCGCUCGUGGUGGAAGGACAACGGGCCGGGGUGUGAGAGCGACGGCCUUCCCUCCGCCGGGUGGCAGAACCAGCGAAACCCCGAGCUGACCACGGUGCUGAGCUGCUGGCUGGAGUACCAGUACAUUGAAAUCCUGCACUGCAUCCUCCAGCUUCUCGUAUCCCUCCCAGGAUUUGUUUAUGCCUGCUACAUCGUCAGCACUUUCUCAGAUGAGGAGGACAGCUUUAAUUUCAUUGGUGAAUUGUAUCAUCCAUCCAAACCCUCUCAGUUGCUCUUCUAGUGUAAAAACCUGCAGAUUAUAAAUAACCACACAAAGGAAGUGGUUGAGAAAAACCAGGAAGGAACCGGGCAGAGGGGGUGAACUUUGAAGACUGUCAUCAUGUAAUUGUUUUGGUGUGUAUUUGUCAAUAAAAACACCUGUUGCAAAACAACGCACCAAAACGCGUUGGUCUGAACAAUAAUGUUGUUCUAUGUGCUGCAAGUGUUGCUGGAGUUUCGCCCUCUUCAGACUUUUUCCCUUCUCCAUGUACCUUGGAAGUAGAUGAAGUUGUUCCAGAAACAGCCACCCUGUUUCUACUCAGGACUCAAAUGCUGUAAAUCUAGAUUUAAAUCUACCUCUCUGUGUGUGUGUGUCUGUGUGUGUGUGUGUGUGUGUGUGUGUGCGCGCGCGUGUGUGAAAGAGAUAGAAAUCUCUCAAUAUGAAGCACUCAAGUACAAAAGAAAAGUGAUGUAAAUAAGUAGGCCUAGCAGAUCCUGUCAGAUGUUUUGCAAAAUGUAUAAUUUAUUAUUAAUGUUUUAUUUCACUUUGAAAAAGGGACCAUUCUAACUUGUGUAUGAUCUAAUUCAGUGAAACAAACGAUGCUCACGAAACAGCUUGUAUUGUGGCGUU